CCCCGCAGCGGCUGCCCGCGUCGCGCCGGAACUAGUGCGGACAGCACCUUGAUUGGGGUCCCCCCUCGCCGAGCACCAGAACGCCGGGAUGUGGGGCUCCGUGGAGACGACGGUGAAGCUGGCCUUCACGGGCCUUGCCGGCUUCACCCUGGCAUGCGUCGUUAUCGAGACGGCCGGGACCGCCGUCGGCAAGACGGUAGCGGGAUCCAGUGAGAGCCAAAAUUACUUCGUCACGCGAACUUUGGUCGAGUUGUUACCUGUGUGGAAAUCAACCAGUGUGUCGGGUGCACUGGCGCGGCCGUGCUGGCUCGGUCGAGCGGUGAGGAACCGGCAUCGCCACGCCAUCGAGCAGGCGUCGCGUCGAUGGCGUGGAAGUCGACGCGCCGAUUCAGCACGAACGCGACGUAAAAUUUUGAUUUCCACACAGGUUGUUACUGGCGCUGUACGUGGCCGACUUCGUGACGGGUCUAAUACAUAUGCUCCUUGACUUCCAGACGGUCGAUGAUGACGAACUAAGGCUGCACAUCGAGACUUCGGUCGAGGCCGUCGAGGCCUUUGAAAAGACCAAGCUCUUCACGGAGGCGACGGAGCGCGACAAAUACCUCUGGAACUUUCACAGCCAUCACGAGGCCGUCUACCCCUCGUCGGACUCGCAGCUCGAGCUCUUCAUGCAAUUGUUUUGGUACGUGCGCGUCGUCUGGCCCCUGUUCUACCUCGGCUUCUAUUAUGGUUAUGUCCCGGAGGCGACGUCGCGCGUCUGGCUCGUGGCGCUGAUCGUCGGCCUGCCCUCGCAGCAGACGCACUUCCUCGCGCACGCCCGAAGGCGUGGGCUCCUCAAGGAGUGGCCGAUGAUCGAGCGGCUGCAGGACUGGCGGAUCAUCCUGCACCCGGACGCGCACCAGCAGCACCACGAGAAGUUCAACUGCAACUUUUGUAUCCUUAAUGGCUGGGCGAACCCGCUGAUGAACCGCGUUGCGCGGCUGCUGACGCACUUCGGCGUGCUCGCGGAGGAGCCGCCGACGGCGCGCAACCGGCGCGAGCGCGCGGAGCACAAGGACGCCAAGCUCAAGGAGCGAUCCUAGGCCCGGUCCGCCGCGGGACUGCCUCGGUAGUUUAACCCCGCGGCGACGACACCCCCUUCGCCGACCCACUGCUGUACUCUACCCCCGGUCCGCCGCCAGCGCCGCCGACCUCUAACCCGACCGAUCGAUCGAUGAAAAUAACCAGAAAGUAUAG